CUCUUCCCACAGCCCUUCGUCACUCUGAAUGGGAGUUUUGUGGUGAAAGCUCGUGGAUUUACCGCCUGCUGGACGUGUUUUGGGCUGAAAUGCGCGCGAGUGUUUGACCGGAGCGCGCGCGUACCUGCCGGACGGACCGACCUUCAGGAGGAAUAUACACACAAACCAGGAGUAUUAUCGCUCGCGUUGGAUAUGCUCACCUGAACCUGUCUGGAUGGGAUGCACCGUGAGUUUCAUCUGCUGUGAAGACGAUUUUCUGCAGAUGCCUUUGGAUCAGCAUGUGGAGAAAAAGAAAGAGGAAAAGAGGCUGUUAUUUAAGCCUGAAGAGUUUGAAGCCGUUCACUCGCACACCUUCCGGCUGAAGACGUUCAAGAAGGGGAAACACUGUGGCGUUUGCAAGCAGACGGUCAACAAUGAGGGGCUCAUCUGUAGAGUUUGCCGGUUAGCCUGCCACCGGAAGUGUGAAGUCAAGGUCUCGUCCUCCUGCGUUCCUGUUGCCAACUAUGAACUGGCCCCCAGCAAUGAGCUCCCUCUGAAACAUAUCGAGACCACAGGCUCAACCAAAUCCUCCAAGAGCAUGGAGUCUCGACGCAGACCGUCCAGGAGUUUGAGUUUGAUCCAGGCCAUGGAGGAGAACUAUGAGGUGGAUCUGGUUUACAUCACAGAGCGCAUCAUUUCGGUCACCUUUCCCAGUAAUGCAGAGGAGCCCAGUUACAGCGCCAACAUUAAAGAAGUGGCAAACAUGCUGCGCUCCAAACAUGGAGACAACUACCUGCUCUUCAACCUCAGUGAAAAGCGCUUGGAUAUCUCCAAGCUGAACCCCAAAGUGCUGGAUUUUGGCUGGCCGGAUCAUCACGCUCCUGCUUUGGAUAAGAUCUGCAGCAUCUGCAAAGCCAUGGACACUUGGAUGAACGCUGGCAGUCACAAUGUGGUGGUCAUACACAAUAAGGGAAACCGAGGUCGAACAGGGGUGGUUGUGGCUGCGUACAUGCAUUACAGCAACAUAUCAGCGAGUGCCGACCAGGCUCUGGACAGGUUCGCCAUGAAGAGGUUUUAUGAAGAUAAAGUGCUUCCUGUGGGUCAGCCUUCCCAGAGAAGAUACGUGCAGUACUUCAGCGGUCUGCUCUCCGGCCACAUCAAGAUCAACAACAAGCCCCUGUUUCUCCAUCACGUCAUCAUGCACGGCAUCCCAAACUUCGAGUCUAAAGGAGGUUGCCGCCCUUUCUUGAAGAUCUACCAGGCCAUGCAGCCCGUCUACACAUCUGGCAUCUAUAAUGUCCAGGGAGACAGUCAGACUAGUAUCUGCAUCACCAUUGAACCCGGCCUGCUUCUGAAAGGAGAUAUACUGCUGAAGUGUUAUCACAAGCGUUUCCGCAGCCCGUCUCGUGAUGUCAUAUUCAGAGUUCAGUUUCACACCUGCGCUGUUCAUGAUCUGAGCAUCGUCUUCGGCAAAGAUGAGCUUGAUGAAACCUUUAAAGACGACAGGUUUCCUGAAUAUGGAAAGGUGGAAUUCGUCUUUUCUUUUGGCCCAGAAAAAAUCCAAGGAAUGGACCACCUUGAGAACGGACCCAGUGUUUCUGUGGACUAUAAUACUCAAGAUGCUCUGAUCCGCUGGGAUUCCUACGAGAACUUCAACCAGCUCUGCGAAGACUCCAUGGAAGACGUUAUUCACACCGAAGGUCCAUUGGAUGGUAGUCUCUACGCUAAAGUUCGUAAGAAAGAGUCUCUAGAGGGAGGUGUCACAACAAACGGUCUCCCAGCUGUGGUUGACCACACAUUACCUGCAGUAGACCACACUCUACCACCAGUUGACCACGCCUUGUCUGUAAGCAGUGAUUCAGGCAACUCCACAGCGUCCAUCAAGACUGACCGCACAGAUGAAGCCAGCCAUCAGCCGGCGUUGGUGAGUCAGCCGUCUUCCCAGCCCCUCAGCCCAGAGGAGAAGCAGGAGCUGGACCAGUUGCUCAGUGGUUUGGAAGCACCAAUGCAUCGCACAGGUUACCAAAGCAGCCCUGGUGGGGGUGGGGGUGGAGGUGGAGGUGGAGUCCUACAUCUAGUCCCCGCACAGGUUCACGUGAAUGGCCACAGCAACCUAGACAGAGAGACAGAUAUCCUUGAUGAUGACCUGCCCAUCAGCCAGGAGGGGAACAGUGUGGACAGUCUUGGAACUCUCUCGUCUUUUGAGGGCAGAGCCACUCCUGCGGAUCUAUACUACCAAUCAGAGACGGUCAUUAAUGGACAAGAUAUGCCAUACUUGGAAAAGAGUGUCCAUGAGAAAAUGCUAGAGCCCAGAGUCCAUAGCUCAUCAUCUGUCCAGGAGCACUUGGGAGCCCCUAGUGGGUAUGCCAACCAGAAUGGCAAUAUCUAUCGAUCUCAGUCAUUAGUGGCAACCCCAAACACAGAGCAGAAGUACAUGCCCAAAGCUCCAGCACGCACAACCAGCAGUAGGGAUGCCGUGCAGAGACUGAAUGUUUGGCAACAAUAUGGUGUACCAGAAGUCCCAGUCACAGAUGGGGUCACCUUCAACCCGGUACUACAAUCCCACAGCCUUCCGGAGUUCCCUCAGAUGGCAUCUCAACAAGAGAUUGAGCAGUCCAUUGAAGCCCUUAACAUGCUGAUGCUGGACCUUGACCCAGCACUUACUCAAGUACCCAAAUCCCACAGUGCCCCAUCUGGAGAAAGUGGUGUGGUUACCACCCAACCAUCAUUCUCCCAAACUCAAGCACGUCCAUCCUACCAGGCUGACACUGCUAUUCAUGACCGUGGUGGUGCCUCUUCAAUGGGAUACCCGUUGACCUUUCAACAAGUAGCUGCAGAGCCUUCACAACCCACCAUGAACCAGCAGAGGCCCACAACUACAUCCCAGAAUAGCGAAUUCACUUCUGAAGCAGGAGGUCAGGCGCCCAUGUCCCAGUCCACAGUGCCUUCCACCACCUUUGGAGUUCUCCAGUUGAAAUCCCUCAACAUUUACCCCUCAAGUACCACAUCCCAGUCCCCCGAGCCUCAGGAGACCCAGCGUAGCUACUCUUCUUCCUCAUCCCCUCUUCCCAAAGAGUCUGAACCAGAUGAUAGCAGCUACAAAUUGGAGGGUCUUGUUGCUCACCGUGUAGCUGAGUACACUGCUCGUAUCCGAUGCAUCAAUGACAGCCAGAGUGCUCCCGAGUUGGGCCAUCGCCGUCGCUCUCUCUCCUUCAGUGGACUUCCGUCUGGCGAAAUGUCGCCAGAUGAGGCUGCAGUACCCGGACGCUGUCGGACCCUCAGUGAGGGCCUUUCCCAAGACGAAAGCCCAACUCGAGGAAGCUCAGUCCGCUCCCCCAUUCGCUGCAUCUCACCCGAGCUGGCCAAUACAAUUGCUCUGAACCCUGGGGGGCGGCCCAAGGAGAGGCACAUGCACAGCUACAGAGAAGCGUUUGAGGAAAUGGAUGGAGGUCCCGUUAGCCCCCCUCCAAUUGUUGGUGGUGAGGUCCUACCCCAAACCCCUGCCUUCCCUGUCUCGCCACAAACCCCUUACUUCAACAUGUGUCGAUCUCCUCCAGGAUUGGCUAAAACACCACUGUCCUUCCUGGGCCUGAAGCCCCACAACCCUGCUGAGAUCCUGCUCAACCAGACGGGCUCAGAGCCUCGUAGUUAUGUGGAGUCUGUGGCGAAGGCAGCAGCAGUACCUGCAUCUCCAACGUAUGACAGUGACAGCGUAACUCGUCCUGCUGGACCGUCCCAUGCGUACAAUGCUCCACUUUCCUCUAGCAGCCCAAUUCAGAACCCAGAUCCAGUCGAAAGCACAUUGGCUGACAGUGGGGUGGGGAUGAAUUCUUUAUCCCAGGCUGCUGUCGACAUCUUCCAUUUCCAGCCCUCCGAAAUCCCAUACCAACCACCACCACCCCCCUACCCAACCUCCAUGUUGGGUAGCUACAUCAGCCCCUCUCCAGCAGAGGCCAUGCAAAAUAAUACCAUCACCACCAUCCAGCCACUCUCUGGAAGUCCUGGGACAAGACACCACACCAUCCUUUCUGACAUGACAUCCGUUCCCAACUUCCAACACAGAUUAGCAAAUCAGGAAGGUCCUAUACUUGGGCGACAACAGACUCCAGCUAAUGGGCAUUUGCCUGGAAUUGCUGGUAGCCCAGUGCAAGGAAGACACACCAUGGUGUCCCAGGGUACGCAGAGCAGUCCCAUUCUGACCAGACAGUAUCCUGUCACCCAGGGGAUUCAGAGUAGUCCAAUUCUCAGCAGGCAGCCAAUGGGACAAGCUGUCCAGAGCAGUCCAGUCCUCAACCGACAGGCAUCCCUGAAUCAACCAAACCAAAGCAGUCCAGUGUUGAGUAGACAGCCGUCCAUUACUCAACCCAACCAAGGCAGCCCCGUCCUAAGCAGACAGUCCUCACUUACUCAUCCCAGUCAGGGUAGUCCCAUUCUAGGACGCCACCCUUCCCUAACACAGGGUAGCCCCAGCCUGGACAGGCACCCGAUGUACAGCGGUUACACCACUCCAGAAGAGCGACAUGGAGCUCUGUCACGCCAAAGCAGCUCUUCAGGAUACCAGCCGCCAUCUACGCCUUCAUUCCCAGUGUCUCCAGCAGGAUACAUAGAGGGAGUGGGAUUCAGACAGGGGAGUCCUGCACUCCAGCCUCAGCUGCCUGAAAAGAGACGCAUGUCCAGCAGUGACCGCACCAAUGGUGGCCUGUCCUACGGGACGCUCAAUGGGAAGAUGUCCUCGCCGGUGUCAAGUGGUGGCAGCACUCCGAGUGUUCAUUUCUUCCACACGCUCCCCGAUUUCUCCAAACUCAACAUGUGUGAUGGAAGUCCAGAAACCAGAAUGAACGUGAAGUUUGUCCAGGACACGUCCAAAUUCUGGUAUAAACCAGAUAUCUCUCGAGACCAAGCGAUUAACAUGCUGAAGGAUCAAGAUCCCGGAGCCUUUGUGAUUCGGGACAGUCAUUCAUUCAGAGGAGCCUACGGCUUGGCCAUGAAAGUUGCUUCACCACCUCCAACCACUCAACCUACAAAGAAAGCUGGAGACGUCACUAACGAGUUGGUGAGACAUUUUCUUAUUGAGACGAGUCCAAAGGGUGUGAGACUGAAGGGCUGUCCCAACGAGCCAUACUUUGGCUGCCUGUCUGCACUGGUCUACCAGCACUCCAUCACUCCACUGGCACUGCCCUGCAAACUAGUCAUACCAACCAGAGAUCCUCUGGAAGAGUCACCUGAGAUCGCAACACCAACCAACCCGGCGGCAGACAUGCUCAAGCAGGGCGCAGGGCAGAAGAGUUCAGCUGACGGCCAUGCAUGCAAUGUCCUGUACAUCAACUCUGUGGAUAUGGAGUCUCUGACUGGACCUCAAGCCAUCGCCAAAGCCAUUUCAGAAACCAUGAAUGCCAGUCCGGCACCCUCAGCCACCAUUGUUCACUUCAAGGUGUCGGCACAAGGCAUCACACUCACCGACAACCAGAGAAAGCUUUUCUUCAGACGCCAUUAUCCCAUCGGCACAGUCACGUUCUGUGAUAUUGAUCCACAGGAGAGGAAGUGGAACAAACCAGAGGGUGGCACUGCCAAAUUCUUUGGUUUUGUGGCCAGAAAGCAAGGCAGCACGACAGACAACGUCAGUCAUCUGUUCGCAGAGAUGGACCCAGAUCAGCCGGCCUCGGCCAUCGUCAACUUUGUCUCUAAAGUGAUGAACAGCUCUCAGAAGCGGUGAAGCUCUUCACGCAGCACUGCUUUUCAAAGGACACUUUCCUUUCGCUCUCUUUGGAUUAUAUUUUGAGUUUCUGUAUGUUUGGGCUGUGUGUGAAUGUGAACGUGAGGAAGGGCUAUUGGGACGGCAGUGAGGAUGAGGGACAGAGGAAGUGCAGUGUGGGUGAAGAGGAGUGACGUACAGUAUGGAUGGGAGGUGAUCUUCAUCUCGGAGCAGCAGAUGUGGGAAUGAUGUCAGUGAUUUUGUUGCUUUUUUAAGAAAAAAAAGAGGAAAUGUAAAAAAAAAGAAGUCAAGGAGGCUAAAAUGUGGGGCUGAUGUACCAAAGAUAAGAGAGCAGUCAGGACGAACCAAUCCUUAUUCAAGCAUUCUUGUAUAUCUAGAGAAAAAAAAACCACGGCUGCUUUGUCAAAACUGUACAUAUGAACCGAAGCAUCACCUCUUUUCUUUCUGAAAGCGGCUCUUGCUUCUGACGCUACAAGUGCAAGAUAUUUUUUUCUCCUGAACUCUGGAUGAGAAUUUUACAGGUCACUUGUGUAUAAGCUAAAAUUAGGCACGGGCCGGUAUAAGAUUCUGACGGUAUGAUAACAUUGGAUAAAAAUAUUGUUUUACGGUAUUGUGAUUACUGCUCUAAAAUAUAUUCUUUUUAAAUGUCUGGGUAAAAAAAACAAACCUUUUCCCCCUUCGAAACACAAUAUAUUUUAUUUUGUAUAUUAAUAUAAUUUUUUUGGUUUUGUGAAACUUUUAAAAUAUUUUGGAUCAGUAAAAAUGUCAAUCUACGGUGGCCGAGAGAGCUUAACGUGCGCCUAUUUAAGAAAACACAAGCAAUUACAAAAACCAGCAAAUUAAGAAAGGGGACCCAAAAACAUGACAGACCCUGCUGAGAUAUGGAUGUGUUAUUAUGCCGUAACUGUUGCUCAGUGAGUUUGUUGGUGGACUUUUAAAGGUGAGCUUAUUUUUGUUUAUAUUAAUAUCCUGAUUACACAAUUCCAUUGUCUUUUGUAAAUUAUUAGCCUAAAUAAACUGAUGAUUAAAUGUGAAAAGUUGUAUAAAUGCAGCGCGUUUCUUCAGUUGUUUGUGUUGUGAGAAAUUGCAAGAGGUGUGCUGUCAAAAUGAAGAUCGUUUCUUAAUUUGCAGGUGUUUUUUGUAAUUGCAUGCGUUUUCUUAAAUUGCAGCGCGUUAAACUUUCUCGGCCACCGUAAAUAACACAGAUUUCAUUACAAUUUAAAACGGCAUCUUGGAUAUCUUUUGUGCUGAGAUACUGUUGAUACUAAAAAGCUUAAAACAAAACAUAAAAAAACACAGUAGAAACGGUUUAGCAGAAAACUAUAGCUUUUUUAAACCGCGGUAUACCUUGAAAACGGUUAUCGUCCUAUGCCUAGCUAAAAGUCUACAUUCACUCGAAUGGAUAUAGUUCACCUAAAUAGUUAAAUUACCUCAUUAUAUAUUCAUCAUUCAUUUUUACUUCUGUUGAAUACAAAAGUAGCUAUUUUAAAGAAUGCUGGUUGCUGGCACCAACUGACCUCC